UUAGAUUUAGAGGUAUAAAAACCGAUCACGGUUCUGCAGUUCGGUACAGUCAGUGCUUCUAACGCAGUUGGAGAGCUUCUUCUCUUGCAAACAACAUUCACAUUCGUUCUGUCGCAAACAAACUAACCAUUGCCAUCAUGAAACUGUUCGUCGCCAUCGCUUUUGCCCUGUUGGCCGUUGUCGUCGCCCAGGAGCAGUACACCACCAAGUACGACGGUAUCGAUCUGGAUGAGAUCCUCAAGUCGGACCGUCUGUUCAACAACUACUACAAGUGCCUGAUGGAUGAGGGCCGCUGCACUCCCGACGGUAACGAGCUGAAGAAGAUCCUGCCGGAAGCCCUGCAGACCAACUGUGAAAAGUGUAGCGAGAAGCAGCGCAGCGGUGCGAUCAAGGUGAUCAACUACGUGAUCGAGAACCGCAAGGAUCAGUGGGAUGCUCUGCAGAAGAAGUACGAUCCGGAGAACUUGUACAUCGAGAAGUACCGCGAGGAGGCCAAGAAGGAGGGCAUCAAGCUGGAAUAAGCCUCGUGCACGGAUAGUGCGGCCGAGUGAUCCGUCGCUCUGUGAUAUUGUUUGUUGAUGUUAUCUCAAAAAUAAAAUGUGAUAGACCUUUUGAACUAAAACAAA